AUGUUGAGGCCAUCCUUCCAGACUCUGCAGCGCUCGCUGCACAGCUCGCUGCUCGUCGCCCGAUCCUCGGCAUCGUCCUCGAUCGCAGCUGCAGGUCGCAACACUGCUCCCGCGCAGCCAUGGCGCUCGCUUUCGUCCGCGGCCAAGGGCGCCAACUCCACCCUUGCGUCCAUGGCUCGUUCGCAGCUCGCUGCGCCCAAGUCGUUGCCCAACGCACAGACGCAGGUCCGAGGAGUUCGAACCAGCCCCUUCCGCCCCAACGGCGGUAGUGGCUCGGGCGGCCGAUUCGCCUUUGCUGCGCCCCACACUGCGCCUGCCGCGGAUGCGCCCACCAGCAUCUCGCAGCCAGGCGGCUGGACUCGCGCCCUGACCAGCCUCGGCAUCAUCGGCGGCACGGCGUUCGCCGCCAACAUGUUCUUCAACCGUGAAACGCGCGACUCGCUGCAUCCCGUCGAGGCAAGCUACCUGCACAGCACCUUCAUGUACCUCGCCGGCGGCCUCACCCUCACCGGUGCUGCCGCCGUGGGCCUCCACCGCUACGGCGUCUCGCAGCGCGUGAUGAUGGCGAACCCUUGGCUCGUGCUCGGUGUCGGCCUCGUUGCUAGUAUCGGCGGCAUGAUCGGUGCGACCUCGCUGCCACCCGGUCAUCCCAUGAAGGUGCCGUCGUGGCUACUCUUCAACGCUUCGCAGGCCGCCGUGUUGAGCCCGCUGCUCUUCCUCAACCCUGCGGUGCUGUCGCGUGCGGCGCUCUACACCGCCGGUCUCGUCGGCUCGCUCUGCUACGUCGGCGCGACGGCCAAGGAGGACAAGUACCUCUGGAUGGGCGGCCCGCUGCUCGCCGGUGUGACCAUCGUGGCGCUCUCGUCGCUGGCUCCCAUGAUCCUGCCGCGCACCGCCUUCCGCACGCUCGCGGCUACAGAGGCGCUGUCGCUCUAUGGCGGUCUGGCCGUGUUUGGUGCGUUUGUGCUGUACGACACGCAGAGGAUCCUCAAGCAUGCCCAGAUGGUGCGCGCCGGAUACACGCAGGGCGACCCGCUCGCCGAAUCGAUCAGCCUCGAACUCGACUUUAUCAACAUCUUUGUUCGCAUGGUUCAGAUCCUCGGCAUGCAGCAGAACCGCCGCAAGUGA